UGUUUCAGGGUUUCUAGUGAUAGUGAUUUUAAAGUGGACUACUGUUAUUCACGCAUUUGUGCACUAAUGAACUCAUCAGUGACAAUAAGAUGCAAUUAUGAAUACCCUCCUGGACAUCAGAUCAAGAAAGUGUUCUGGACCAAAGGACCUAUGAUAAAGAAUACAGAGCCUCCAGAUCUGUCUGAGGACCCUGAAUACAGUCAGAGGUUUCAGUAUCUGGGAGAUAAAAGAAGAUGCACCAUGAGACUGAGUCAUGUGACACAGAAAGAUGAACACAAGUACUAUUUCAGAUUCAUCACUGAUAAACCUGGUGGAAAAUACACUGGUCGUUCAGGAGUGACUCUUACUGUGACAGAUCUUCAGGUGGAGUCUCCUGAGAGAGUGACAGAGGGAGAUUCAGUCCGUCUGACAUGUAAAAGCAGCUGCGCUCUGACUGACAGAGCAACAUUCAUCUGGUACAGAAACUCACAGCCAUUAACUGAGAGAAGAGACAGAAACAAUAUACUCCUGCUGCAGUCAGUCAGAAGAGAGGAUGCAGGCAGAUAUAGCUGUGCUCUACAGGAACGCAAUCACUAUCUCAGAUCACCUGAUGUUCAGCUUAAUGUCACAUACCCACCAAAGAGUGUCUCAGUGUCCAUCAUUCCAUCUGAAAUAGGAGGAGAUUCAGUGACUCUGAUCUGCAGCAGUGACUCAAACCCACCUGCAGAAAUCAGCUGGAUUAAAGGAGGAACAACUGUAGGAUCUGGAAGAAUCUACAACAUCUCAAAGAUCAGAUCUGAUCACAGUGGAGAAUACAAGUGCAAGUCCAGAAAUGAACAUGGAGAGAAAUACUCUGAAGCUGUGACUUUGAACAUCAUGUACCCACCCAGGAACGUCUCAGUGUUCAUGAAUGGAUCUGGUGAAAUAGUGGAGGAAGAUUCAGUGACUCUGAUCUGCAGCAGUGAUUCAAACCCACCUGCUCUGAACUUCUUCUGGUUUAAGGAGAAUCAAAGCUCAUCUGUUGGAUCUGGACAGAGUUUCAGUGCACUACAGAGUGGACGCUUCUACUGUGAGGCUCACAAUCAACACGGAUCUCAGAGAUCAGACGCUGUUUCUGUCACUGUUAAAGAAAGAGGUAAAGCAGUCCUGUACGCAGCUAUAGCGUUCGCAGCGGAUGUGGAGUUUUACUCCUUAUCUUCAUCCUAGUGCUCGCAAGGUGACCUCUUAGCUUUUAAUGAUGGUGUGCUCGUUAAUGGUUAUGAAUGUGUUCACAUGCUUAUCUUUGUACUACAGGAAGGCAAAAGGCUUUUCUUCAGAUGUCAGACAGAAGCAGGUUCAACAAGCUUCCAGCUCUGAAGAUGACGGGCUGUAUGACAGAGUUACUCCCAACACACCCGAGCAGAUCCCGCUGUGGGACAGGCUACAAAUAUAACGUACUCAACCGUCCAACAUGUCACAAACAUUAAAACCAUCUACGAGAAUAUUAGAGUGCACCAUACUGACUCUGCUGCGAGAUCCGAUACGAUGGAGGGUACCUCAGUGGUUUACAGCAGAGCCAAGUGAUCCAGGACCCUUCGCGGGGAUUGAAAAUGACGCUGGGCUCCAGCUGAGUGUAAAUAUAUAGUAGCUGCUGCAGCUUUGAAUCAGAUGUUUCUAUGUGUGUCGAGACGUUUCUCCCUGUCAGUCGUUGAACAGGAAGCACUGAUCAGACGCAUUGGUACAGCGUGGUGGUUAUUUACAUCAUUGCUUUGAGACUGUGGUUUGUGAUCUGGGAAGUUAUCAUCCACCGCUAGCCGCAUGCAUACGCCUGUGGACACAUUUUCUGUUUUGUAACAUUUCCGAAGAUUUGCGUAAUUUUCCGUAAAUAGACGUUUCAGUUUUAGCCUACACGUCUUACACGUUUCAUAAAACAAUGUUUGAUGCUUUGACACUGAAUCAUUUCAUGC